UUACUGGUGUUGUUGACUGUUGUCUCUUCCUGUUUGGUGUUGCCUAGUUGUCAGAAGCAUGUUGGCCAUGGAAUUCUCUAAACAGACAGCUCAUCUACACCCAUAUCUACACCCUCUGCCAGCACAGUGACUGUAGAUUUAUGUAGCAUGGCACCGCCAGGGGACAGUGUGAGUGCCUGGAGCUGUAAGCAGGUGGCCCAGUGGCUGCAGGAAGAAGGCUUCGGGGAGUAUGUGGAGUUAUUGUGUGCCCAGCACCGCCUGGAUGGCCCCAGCCUGCUGGCUCUGACUGAGGCUGACCUGCGCGGGCCUCCACUGGGCCUCACCGUGUUGGGAGACAUCAAGAGGCUGACCAUAGCCCUUUGCCGGCUCCAGAGACAGAACCAGGCCCAGCUGGAGGUGCAGGGUCUCCUGCCUACACACCGUCUCCCUGCUGGGCUGUCGGUGGGCGCCGCAGGGAAGGAGUGGAGCUGUGAUGAGGCUGACAGGAGUUAUAACGGAGGGGAUGGCUUGUGUAACGGGACUGAGCUGAGGUUGAGGAAUGGUCACAGAUCUGGAUACGGUUCAGGAGCUGCAGUGUGUCAUACACACUCCAAUGGGAGGUAUAGGCAGCACCUGGCAGGCAGAUUGGACCCAGAGGUGUGGAAGACAAUCAUCAGUUCCAUAUAUGUCUUUUUUGUGUUUGGAUUCACAUCUUUUGUCAUGGUCAUCGUACAUGAGCGUGUCCCGGACAUGAGGACGUACCCACCACUGCCGGACAUAUUUCUGGACAGUGUUCCCAGAAUCCCCUGGGCUUUUGCAAUGGCUGAGGCCUGUGGCCUCAUCCUGUGUUACAUGUUUCUGUUGAUCCUGCUCCUCCACAAACACAGGUCCAUUCUCUUCAGACGACUGUGUUCUUUGAUGGGAACUGUGUUUUUGCUUCGUUGUUGUACCAUGUUUGUCACCUCGCUCUCUGUGCCUGGGCAGCACCUGAAGUGUGCCAGUAAGACAUACGGGGAUUCCUGGGGAAAGUUACAGAGGGCGCUACUGAUCUGGAGUGGAUUUGGGAUGACUCUGACAGGCGUCCAAACGUGUGGAGACUACAUGUUCAGUGGGCACACUGUUGUUAUCACAUUGCUCAACUUCUUUGUAACUGAAUGUGAGUACACUCCACGAACCUGGAAUCUGAUUCACACCAUCUCCUGGGUGUUGAACCUGUUUGGGAUUUUCUUCAUCCUGGCGGCUCACGAGCACUACUCCAUCGACGUCUUCAUCGCCUUCUACAUCACUACCCGCCUCUUCCUCUACUACCACACGUUAGCCAACACCCGUGCCUACCAGCAGAGCAGGAGGGCGCGCAUUUGGUUCCCCAUGUUCUCUUUCUUUGAGUGCAAUGUCAACGGACCUGUCCCCAACCAGUAUCACUGGCCCUUCAACAAACCAGCCUUCAUGAAAACUCUGAUUGGAUAGAGUAGCCUUUUACAGAUCAGAAGCUGCAAUUUGCAUGGCCUCUAAUCUUAAAACCUGAAUGAGAAACUUUUUACUUGAUAUGCUGCUUUUUAUCUUCGGAUGGUUAUAAGUGUAUUAUGUAUUAUGUAUUAUUAGAAUUCCCCCCGCCCCCCUAUUUGUAUAAAUGGAUGUUUUUUUAUUUUGGCAACUAAUCUUAUGUUUAAAGGAAUAGUUUGACAUUUUGGGAUAUAUGCUUAUUUGUGUUCUUGCUGAAAGUUUGAUGUGAAGAUACAGUACCACUCUCAGAGUGGUACUGUAUCUUCUAAUCUCAGAGUUAGAUGAGAAAGCGAAUACGUUUAUUUCCCAAAAUAUUAAACUAUUAUUUUUUAAAUCAGGCCUCUGCAGGUACGUAUAUUUUCAUGGAGAUUUAUUUGCCUUUGGUUAAUCACUUUUAUCGUUUAUGUUCCUCUUUGGAGAUGUUUAUGGUUCACGUGUGGUUUGGGUUGUUAGUCUCACUCAACAUCUACAGUAAAAAACUGAUCACACAGCUGUAGUGCAGGUUGGUACUGUAGUUUUGGGUUUUUGGGAGUCGUUGUGGUGACAGUUUACAUUUUGUUUUACUGCAAAGAGAUUUGACACGUUUGGUGACUACUGCCAAAGGAGCAUUUGUUUCUUUUGAUGUGCAACGGGAAAAAACAAUUCCUCUUCUCCUCAAAAAGAGCUCUGUUUCAGUCACUGUUUUGUUUUUCGUUUACACUUUAUAAAUUGAACUCUACAUAGUGUCGUAUGAAUAGUGUAGCUUUUUUUUUUACAUUUACACUUAAACUCAACCAAAAAUCUGAACAUGUAUUGCAUUGUUCAAUUUUGCCAAUCGGUCCUUAGUAUAAUUCUCUCGUUAUCCUAAUUUGAUACUGUGUUCUGUUUUUGUUGUUGUUGUUUUUUUAAAGAUUGUUAAUUAUGUAAUGAGUAUAGAAAUGUAUGGAGAUGGAUUUUGUUGAAGUUUUAUUGUUCAGAGUUUUCCUCUGUUGCACAGUGCAAUGACUUGCUGUUUGGAUUACAAAGUUUCAAAAGUAUAUUGUUUACUAUGCCAUGGUUGAUCCAAACUAUAUCUUUAUAAUAAUUGUUUACAAUGUGCAGCUUUAUUUACAAUGCAAGUAAUUUAUCUUUAAUAAUGAGUUUAGUAAUUAACUAAUAAUCUUAAUCUUCCUCUGCCUUUUGGCUCAGAAAUAAAAGUUUACAGAUAAGGUUAACCGUUUUUAUAAACUUCCUUGGCUGCUUUUUA